UACGCGCAUGUGACUACAGAAGGUCAAUCAUGGCAGCCUACAGGAAGGGGCUCGACAAAUUUGGCCUUUCUCUGAGGCUUUUUCGAAACUUAAAUCUCCAUAAUGAACGGUUCCUGUCCACAUCCGUGUGUCGCCUCGCUUCAGGGAGCGAACAGCCUCCUAAAUUCAUCCCUCCAUCUAAACCUGUCAUCAUCGCCGAUAAAACACGGACUGAAGGAUCUCUGCGGAAGCGUCUGAGCCCAGAGUUCAUCCCUCCCAGACAGAGGACAAAUCCUUUAAAAUUCUCAAUGGAGAGGAAAGACAUGAUUCGCAGGAGGAAAGUGCUUGACAUCCCUGAAUUCUACGUUGGGAGCAUCCUGGCAGUGACCAUGGCUGACUCUAACGCCAAUGGGAAAAGUAGCCGCUUUGUCGGUAUUUGUAUCCAGAGAGGUGGAAAGGGGCUUGGAGCCACAUUUAUCCUGAGAAACAUCAUUCAAAACCAAGGUGUGGAGAUCUGUUAUGAGAUGUACAGCCCGCGAAUUCAACAGAUCGAAGUGCUGAAGCUAGAGAAGAGACUAGAUGACAACCUGAUGUACCUGAGGGAUGCUCUGCCCGAGUACAGCACUGUGGACCCCAACAUGAAGCCUGUGCUGUUUGAUGUCACUGGAGAGGUGCCUGUUAACCCAUUAAAGGUAAAGAUGCGACCAAAGCCAUGGUCCAAGCGCUGGGAACGACCAAAGUUCGACAUCAAGGGGAUCCGCUUUGACCUGGCUUUGACCCCCGAGCAAAUGGAGCACGCUCAGAAGUGGGGGCAGCCAUGGAACGAGUACGACAUGCUGAAGGAGUAUGACACCUCCGCCUUAGAGGAGGAGAUCUUGAAGGAGGUGCAGCAGGAGUUAAGCAAGUAAAACAUUUGGAAUCUUACCAUUGACAGACAUUGUCAGGAGCAAGGAAGAGACUGGAUUAUACAGAUUAAAAAAACACUUUACUGGACUGUUGUCAGUUUAUGGGAAUCCAGAAGAAACGGCAGCGUUUACAAGGAGGAGCCUGUGUGAACUCUGGUGUGAGGAAUCAUGAACACUUUUUUGUGUUGUCAGUCUGAUGUACAGAUCCAUGGUAUGCAUUUCACUUAAGUUAUCUCUAUGCAGAAUAGUUGAUUGCUUCUAUUAUAAAAGUGAUUAAAUUACAAGCUUUUGCAAAACUUUUUGUUGUUUUGUUUGUGUUAUUGCAUGUUGACACUAGGUGGCGGUAUUCCUCCACUUUGAGCUCCCCACAGCACUAUUUCAAACCUCUGUUGUCUUGUAGUGUUUUCAGGAGACUCCUUCAGUUCUACAUCAGCAGUCUCUGUUUUGUUUUACUUUGAUAAAAAAAAGAAGCAAGUUUACUUAGUUAUCUAUUUAAAACCUGUCUGAAGUAUUUUUAAACCCACUUGUACCAAAUUUGAGGACUCUCUUGGUUAAAGCCAGUAAAGAUUUCCAUAAAAAUGAGUAAACCUGCUCCUGAGAACAGGCCUCAGCACCCAGCGCUUUAAAAACAACGCUGGUAUCCAGGGAUCGUACACCAAGGACACCCGGUAGUGUUUUACUGUUGUGGAUGGAAAAUUGUGGUGUAGAGAUGGCAUGUUAGAGCGUCAGCCGGGUAGUAUAAAAACACUUGGACUCCUUA